UAGAAGGUGCAGUCGUACGGAGGACUCUCCGCAACUUGGGUAGCAAACCCUCUCGAACGGUCGCCGCGAACGGUUGUGUUUUAUCGUCGUCGUCGUCGUCGUCGUCCAUCGUCGUAGAGUUUCUCGUCCGUCGUGUUGUGUCAAAGGGGGAGGUUUCCGUCCGUGCAACCUCUGCUCUGCUGUGUGUUUAGGCCCAAGUUCCGUUGCCUUGGUGAUUGUGUGAUAAUUUGUUUAAAACCGAAAACAGUUCAAUUUUGUCGAAGUUUUAACGAAAAAAAGUGUAAGAAUUUUUCGCAGGAACGCAAAUAAAAACAACAAAGGUGCUUAAACUUUAAAACGGACUUUGAAAUACAACCUAAGCAAAAAAAAAAGUGUAAAAAGUGAAGGUACCCCAACAAAGUAGCAGUGGAACCAAACAACAACAACGACGACGAAAAAAAAGUGUAGAGUCUAUCAACACUAACAUACUGCCAAAACGAAGUUAAAAAAAUCAGCAUCGUGAAAACCUUACACAAGAAGAGUGGUGUUAUUUUUGUUUUUUUUUUUCGUAUUUUCGUCUACGACGAGUCAGUCGGAAUUUUAGUGCAUGAAUCACACAACUUGAGCGAAGUGAUUUUGUGGUGUGUGCUGCGCUAAGUUUUUCGAAGCUUUGUGUUCCUUCUGAAGAUCGGUGGCGAACUACUGUUUUGCAGCAGUUUGUGGGAAUCUGGAGUAUCAAAACCACACGGAUUCGGAGCUGAACUUUAUGAUAUUUUUUUAAAGGAGAAACCGCGCGCAAAACUGACGAAUUGGGAUCAACAAUGAUGAUGGCUGCUGCCGGUCUCCGGAUCGCUCGAUGAAUCGCGAGGCUCUCACUCGACAGUGCGCGAUCGAAGAUGUAACAUUUGCCAAACGGGGAUCAAAACGCAAGAGCGCCGAAGAAAUGACUGAAAGUACCGAUACCCAUCGACUUCUUCUAAUGAAAUAGGAACAGCCCGUAGUUCCAUGUGGAUUAGAUAGAAACAUUUGUUGAGUGGUGUUUUUUUUCCUUCUCUAUAAUAAUAAAUAAAUAAUUAUUAAGCUGAGCUGUCUGGGUAAGUCAGCAGCUUUUUCCCCCCUCUCCUCCUUCUAUCUUUGUGAUGUUUACCUCCGAGGAGAGCAAAACGGAAACCAUGCGGGAGCACCAUAAUGUGCACAAAACGAUGAAGAUGACCCGCUUUCGGAAGCGACUGCUACUCGGCGGCACAAAUGGCGGCGGGUACCCGUUGGCGACGAUGAUGACCCUGAUCGGUCUUCUGCUUCUGGCAACCGGUCUUAUACAGUUCCACGGGGUCCAGGGGGGCCUCAUUGUGAAGCGCCAGGUGAACGAAGAUUUGCUAGUGCCCCCAACCACCACGAUUGCUUCCGCCUCCCUCGAAGAGGAAGAAGCGGAAACCACGCUAGUUCCUCCGACGGCUCCGCGGGUCGUCGAUUUCCGAACCGGAACCGAAAACAAACCCACCGGGCGAGCCAUCGAAUUCGGUUAUGACAAUGAGGCAGGUGCCUCAUCGGCCGAACAGGAGGCAACGGUAGCCGAACUUCGGGCCGUUGACCCAACAAAGCUAACUCUUGAGGAAUCCGAAGCAGAAUCAACAACGGAUCCACCGGCAGACCUACAAGAUCCAAUAACCAUCCUUCCGCCGAGUGCCGUCACCCAGCCGGAAGCGCCAACGACUGUCAUUUCACCCACCAAAGACACCAGGCCGUCGUCGUCGUCGCGGCGAAAGACGACCAAAGAAACGAUCACGGAACCGGAAACGAAGGCCAAACUCGUCGCAACAACCUCUAGUCCUGUGAUGGCUGCGGCACCAACGGCUCGUGUCAACUCCCGACGCCCGGAGGAUGAUCCUCAGGAUCACCUCCACGAAAGUGAUGAAGAGGAAGAAACACGAGCGGUAAAUCCGACAGCUGAACUCCUGGCUGCCGUUACGACUACCGAAAACCCGGAGGAAUCGGUCGAAGAACGUACCGAGGCAAGAGCAAGUAGGACCGGAAACAUUCUAGCGCUUGAUCCUGUCGAAGAAGAGGCUGGUCCCGUCGCCGCCAACGAUGGUGCUGGUUCUGGUGAGGCCGAAUCCGUAGUUGAUGAUGACCGGAAUGAUGCCGAGAUUGUCCCAACUGUCGAAAGCAAGAACGAGCGGAAGGUUCCACAUCGGUUCGAUUUGGAGAGGUACACCUCUCCAUCAAACUACUCCGAGGAUGGCUUCUCGCUGGAACAAGCCCGCGCCGAUCGUGAACGAUUCUUCGCGCAACAAUCUGCUCAGCUCACAACAGAACAACCGGAGGAGGACGCCUGGGAAACCACCACCACCAUUCGGGGGUUGAUCGCCGACGAAGAUCGCAAUGAAGGGGAGCUUGGAGAACUAAGAGAUUUCACCACCGUCGCCCCGACACUCUCGAACGAAGUGAUCUCUUCGGGAGCGGGUCAGCGGAAUCGUACGGUGGAGAGUCAGAAAACGAUUCGGUUGAACAGGACUGAGGUUGAGAGUAAGGAUUACGAGGUCGUUUCCAAUGAAGUAAGGAAUCAAACGGGUAAGGGUAAGAAGGGCAAGUUCUUGGAUCAGUUUGGAGCUACCGAUGAUAACAACAUCAAUGGAGCUGCAUGGGCUUUGGCCGGGAUGAGAGUGGUGGAACGGUCUUCCGGCAAAGUUGAUCACGCCGAAGGUGAGAGUGUGGAAAUUGUGAGGGAUGAGGAUGACAAUGUGGUAUCGAACAAUACGUUGAAGCAGCUGAUGGACUGGGCCGCGAUCAUGCAGGAGGCUGACUUCGCCAAUAGUUCGUUCAUUAGGCCGACGAGUGGAGAAGUUGAACUGAUCAACGAUAUGAAAGAUAGGAAAAUGUUCGAUAGGGAAGAAGUUACGGCUGCCUUGAGUGAAGAGAACAGAAUCACUGUACCGAUUACUGAUUCGGAAGCGGAAGCUUCCGGGGAGAUAAGUACAAUUGUUCCGAGGAUAAAUGUUGCGCCGGAGAUUGCUGUUACAACGACCACCGAGGGUGAUGACUUGGAGGAGUUCAAAUUUGAAGAUCGAACUGUGUUGACGACAAAGCGAACGCCAGAGAUUACUAAUUUCAUUCAGGAUACCACGACGCAACCUCCAAGUGUUAGGGGAACGACUACUCAGCGACCAACACGAAGCUACGAGGUCAGUGAGUUUGUCGAUGAGAGUGAAGGAUUCCAGGUACCAGGUCGAUUGACUACUAGCAAGUAUGAAAUCAACACUAACUUCGAAGAUGUCCCAGUAACUACCUACGCUCCAUCAUUGUCGGUUUUGCGGAAAAGCGAUGUGUCUACGGACGCUUCUAUCCCUACGACCUUCGAAACAACCAGGCGAUCAAGAAGACCAACGACUACAACGGUACCGGUAACUACAAGUCCUGUUGAUGUGACUACAAUUCAAACAACUACUACAACAACUUCAACGGCAGCUCCGGUGACAACCACCGAGAAUCCUUCGGUGAACGAACUUUCUCAGAAGAUCGACGAACAGGAAGUUUCGUCUUCCGAAGUCGAAUCCAAUGCAAUUAAUCAAACUAAUAGCGAAGUUGUGUUAACGACCACAUCGACCGCAGCCCCAACUACACUAGUUCUGGAUCCCAUCGUGGCCCAGCAAUCGACAAUUGUGCCAGCAAUAGCGACAUCCCGCCCUGCUCAAGGAACCACCGAUAAGGUAGAUUUCGUCAGCCAGAGUAAUGGUUCGUCGGAAGAGCCGAGUAACCCCGAUCAACCGGUGCUGAUCGAUGACAAGAAUGUCUACGAUACGGUUGCCGAUACAACGAGGAACCCGAGCUCUAGUCCUGUCCCACGAACUCCGGAACCUACAACUGAACCAACCGUAACCACUACCCGACGAUCGGUAGUACGCCAAAUGACCACAACUACGGAGUUGUCCGAGGAAGAAUCGAUCACCGAGGAAGACUACGUCGAAGUGAAUGGUUCCGCCGUCAAUGGAUCGUCUUCAUCGUCAAGAUCGCCACUCGAUCAACAACCCACGGAAUCGACGGUAACGACUCAAGCGGAAGCCGAUGGAAGUGAAGAAGAUGGAGGUAGUGGCGUUGUCGUGGCCGUUGUUGCCAGCUUGGUCAGCGCGAUCGUUGUGCUGCUUCUCGUAGCGGCGUUUUUUUACUAUCCCCAAUUGCAGUUGGUGGUCCGGAAGCGACAGGCUCAGGUGUCCUACGGGCAACGGUGUCGGCCGGUGGGCCUGGAUGCGUACAGUUUGGACAACGUUUCAGUUUACAAUAGCGUCCGGAGGAAGGGCAACACGAUGAGGAUGUCCAAGAGGUCGUACGGCAAUUCGGCCUUCGAGGAUCCGGGACUGAAGACUAACCCGUUGACGGUGGCUGAAUUGGCUAAUAUUAUACAGAACAAGACGGCGAUCUACGAUGAGUUCAAGGAGAUUCCGAACAUAACCGCAAGGGCUGAUGAAGUUCCGGAAGGUUGUGAGGAGAAGAAUCGGUAUGCCAAUGUGGUCCCUCUGCCGGAAACGAGAGUUCAUUUGAAGCGAAUCAACGACGACGAGAAGACUGAAUACAUUAAUGCAAAUUUCGUUAAGGGUCCGAAGGACUCCAGCAACUACUACAUCGCCUGCCAGGCACCGAUGGAAAACACGAUCAACGACUUCUGGCGCAUGAUCUGGGAGCAAAACUCCAAGGUCAUCAUCAUGGCCACAGAUUUGAGUGAAAAUGGUGUGGAAAAAUGUGCCGAAUAUCUACCUCCGUCGGUCGUUCUGGACAACAACCGCACUUUCGGGGAUUUCCAGCUCACGCUCAAGAACCGCGAAAACAAGGAGAAGUACACGAUCUCCACGGUGCAUCUGCGCAACACGCAAACCAACACGUGGCGGGAGAUCAUGCACUUCUGGUACCAGUGGCCGGAUACCGGGGUACCGAUCGACGAAUCAUCCAUCAUUGCGAUGCUGCUGGAAGCCCGGAGCUACUCCCGAUUGGCUCCGGCCGAGAUGGCCGAGGCCAGCGUUAAUGUGAUGGUCGGAAACGGUGGCAUCACCAGUAUCGCCGAGGAAUCCCUGGAAGCCGAAUCGGAGAAAUCGAUGACCAACAAUGCCACCCAGGAUUCGACCGGCAAUAAUGUUGAUAGUUCCAACAAUAACAAUAAUACCAACAAAGCCAGUGGGGAUAGUACGCCGCCCAGUAGCGUUGUGGCCAACGGUGGCUCAAUCGAUAAGCAUAAGUCACUUCAGAGGACUCAGGGACCAAUAACGGUGCACUGUUCUCCGGGAACGGGACGAACAGGAACCAUAGUGGCGUGCGAUGUGGCCAUGCGAGCGAUCGAGAUUCCACCCCGGAACGUGGAUAUUCCCCAUACGGUGUACUACGUGAGGAGGGGCCGGGCUAGCGCGGUGAGGACGCGGGAACAGUACGAACUGAUCUACAGGGUUGCCAACGUUUACGCUACCAAGCUAACGGGGCCAACGAUAGAGACAUGAGAACGACUCAUUUAAAAUCAAGUAUUGUGAGUAGCACAUUCGAACAGACACACCAUCCAUCACCGCAUCCAUCCGGCUCCGUCCGCCGCCACAACAAAAUCCGUCCGGUCGUCCCAGUCCUGUACAGCUGUCGGAUGUUGAGAACAACCCCCUGAAUCAAAAGCGCUUCUUCGACGGAAUUUUCCCGCACUCACGCCACCGACGAUCAUUCACUCACGCUCUCUCUCACUAUUAGGCUUACACAAAAAAAAAACAAAAGCACUCAUUUCUUUGAUUAUACGGGAACUCAUUCCCAGUCGGAAAGUUUAGCUAUACUUUCCCGGUCGGAAUUGUGCUUCUUCGGAAUGCUUUUAAAGAUCCCUAACGAUUGUAUCGUCUGACGAAAAAUAAACUAGCUAAAACUGGCUGGUUGUAUUAACUAUUGAACAAGCUGCUUUUUCUAUGGAAAAAAUCAAACUUCAUGAGCCAUAUUGUUCGAUGGUGGGAAGCUGAACUGCCAUUGUUCGGUAUCGCAAGUGAUAGAACUGCCAAAAAUUCCACUUUUGACGCUGAACACCGAAGUUAUUUCUUAUUCAAACAGAACCGAGCAAUAUUCAGAACAAAUAGACAUCUACAGAACAAGUCGAAUGUUACACACGCACAAACACAAACACACACAGCAGUAAGUAAGGAGAUAGAAAUACACACAUACAAAUGAUCAAAGGAGGAGUUGGGCGUUUAUUUGGAAUACUAGCUUCAGCUCUGUUCCCCAUCCAACCCUACAAAGUAGGGUUGGAUGAGUGGAGGGCUGAGGCGAACUUCCAAAAUCGUUACAAACCCACCCGGAGAGAAUACUUACUCAUAAUACUUGAUUUUAAUCUCUAGUGGGAUAGAGACUAAAAUUUUGAACGAAACAAAACGCAACGCGAGAAUGUAAAGCACCAAUCAAUAACAGCAGUAUCCUGAAAAUAGUUUCUCUAUUUGUCUGUCUUUACGUUAGGAAAAAAAAUGAAAAUAUGGAUUUUUUGUAUAAUACUGGUACUGAAAUUUUCCUCACUCAUUUAAUGAAAAAACCAACAACAUAUUUAUAAUGAUCAAUCCGCGAAAACCUAAACCUAUAGAACCCAGACAACCAGAAGUCGUAUUUUCUUUUACAGAUUACAUCGUAUAGAAUGUUAUUCAUACUCAUUUUCGUAUAUCUGCACCUACAAUGUGCGGUCCAUGCAUAUUCUUUAUCGUAUUUAAAAGCAUUGCAUGAUUUUAUUUCGACAAGAAGAGAGACUCGUAUUUAUGUACAUAUGAACUCGACCUUUGUGUACGACAAUUCGCAAAAAAAUCCGUGAAACGACCGAUAUACGGUGAUCAGCCGUGACUGAGAGAUUUUGUCGUGCUAUCCAUAAAAUAAUUCGAAAUAUAAAACGUAUAUAACUGCGUUGAUUCGUAAUAAUGUGCAUGCAAUCGUAUACCUUUGCAAAUUAAUUCGCAUGUCUGAUUUUCGUAAAACGUAUUUGCUGGCAAUCGUAAAAUAAUACAAAAAAAAUCAAUAAAAUCGUUUAUGAUAAUGGGACAUCGAUGAUUGGAAUCGUAUUAAAGGAGGCUUCAAAAUGUUGGUCUAUUUUUAGAUCAUCGAUGACGUGUUCUACGAUUCAAAAGAUUUAAGUUAUAGAAAUAUACGAUUUGCUUUUGGUUUAAUGCCUUUGAAGCAAAUCCUCUUGAAUUUAUAUAUUCCAGAUAGCGUCGAGGAACCAUCAUGAGCUGCAGAUCGUAUGGUCAGGGGAUCAAGUCCAGGUCAGGCAAAUAAUAAAUGUGUACGAUAUAAACUUGAAUUUGGCAGCAAAAAAAUCAUUUCUUUGAAAUAAUCUUAUUAUUAUUAUUUUUGGGAAUGAAUAAACCAAUUGGUUUAAAAUACAAAAAUAAUAAUAAUCUUUUUUUUUAUUCGACUGACGGAAAAUGAGAGCCUUGCACUCAAGUCGCAAAAGACGACCAAAUAAGUCGUCAAACUUUCCAUAUUGUUACGAAAAAUGUCGUAUAUUACAACCUCAAUCAUCUAUAUGAUGAUGUAAAUUGUCAUAGUAUAUUCCAAAAAGAAUCAGAGUAGUCGUAAAUGAUGCGCAUAACAAGUCGUGCAAAUCGUAAUUUAAUACAAUCCAAAUCAAGAAUCUGUUUGCUAAUGUACCUAUAUGGCCUCCAAAAUGAUACGUAUAUACUAGUUUUGCUACAUUAUAUACGAUAUGUUUACACGUAUAUUUGCACGUAUAUUUGCGUUGCGAAUUCGAAAUACCCACCAAAUGGUUGUCUGGGGAAGCUACCUUAUGUAAUCGGUUUUGUAAUGUAUGUUUAUUUCCUCUCACAACUUCCACAAUGGUUGAUUGUUAUUUAUCCAAAACCACACGAUUGGUUAUCCUAUUAUUCCUAUUUUAUGAUUAUGUAACAACUUCAAGUUCAGAAUCAGAAUCACUAGAAAAAAAGGACGAACUACAUAUGCGUAAAGGAUCGGUUUUAGAUUUAAAGACACAUUCACACUCUUAGCUAGACUUAGAAAAUAGUUGCCACCCAGGAAUUUUGGGUUGGCGUAUAAUAAAAAAAAAACCUGUUGCAAUAUUACACUGUAAACGCUCUUCUUAGGGACAAUUUGGAACCUUUACUGGAAAAAAAAUGUUUAUAGGUACCUAUGAGUAUAGAGAUAAUUAUGUGCACACAUAGCUGCAUUGUUAGAAUAAUAAAACUAAGCCUAAAAAUUUAACAUGGAAAAAAAUUGAUCAAUGUAAAGUUCCAAUUACAAUCGGCUUUUCUCUACGUAGACAAAAAUCUACAUCGGAAACAGUAAAACUAAGAUGUGAUAGCAACUCUUUAGAGAUUUCCUACCAGGUGGAUAUUUUCUAAAAACUAAGUUGGAAAAGUGCGAACAGUGAAAAUACGCCUAAACUAUUUAUUCGCUAAAACAUAUAACAAUUAGUACGUUUGAGAAGUGGCUAAAUUCCCUUCAACAUACUGAAUGCAAAGUACGCAGACACUAGACUGAGAAUGAAUUUGGGAAGAAGAAAAAAAUUGUAAACGAGAAGACCCCAACUUUUUUUUUGUGUUAGAACGUAACCAAGUCAGAAAGAUUUCUACUAAACUAUUUUGAGCAAAUCUCCCUCCUAAGUUAAAAGAAAUGUAAACUUAAAAUUAGAACAAAAAAUUGAUUAGACGAGCUGUUGAGCGAAAAGAGCAAUCAAAUAUAUAUUAGAGUAAAAAAAAACACACACAAUUGCUAAUCUGUUGAUUCUUAAAACGAAAAAAAAGGUGAAUUGAAAAACUGCUCAGCUUAUUGUUAAAGAGAGAAAAACUAUCCUGUUGAUCAUAUAUUAUCAACUGUUGGGUAUUCAAGCACAGAAAUACGCAAUUUAAAUUGUGAAUAAAAUCAGCUUCUAAAGCUAUACGUAUAAACUAAUAUAAAUUUAUUAAAAAUAAACAUGUUGAACUAUAGAAGAAUUAGGAAUGAAUGUCGCCGUAUGAAUGUGAGUAAAAUUUCAGAUUGUUCGAGAGUGUGGAAAUGGUGCUAGCUCUCAUCAACACAGCUACUUUCCUAAACUAAAAGUGAAUCAAGAAAACAAAAAAAAAACAGUUAAGGUUAGAAGAGGCAAAUGUCAAAAAGGUAAAAAGUAAAUUUUUCCUCUCAUUGAAGCAAUAUUCUAAAUCGAGUAGUAUAGAAAACAAGUGAAUCAAGUUAUUGAUUGUCAUAAUCAUUUCCAAUAUCCCCAACCCUAUCGUUCCCCAACAUUUAUACAUGUUCGUGUUCAUACGUACAUAUGUCUCAGUUAGGUUUUUUUUCUCCUUUGUGUAAUAAAUCAUUGAAUUGGAAGGUGUUAUCGUUAACAUCUAUUGAAUAAAAACAA